UUCCCAUGAAGCUUCAUGAUUACGAAUUCAAUCAUCUAAAAUAUACCGAAUUGUUCCCUUGAACACGGAAAGCUGAUACUGCAUUUCUCAGCACUGCCAAGGGCAACAACAACAAGAUCAAGUAGAAAUGGAAUCAAGAUUGUUCGAAGCAGCUCGUUGUGGAGAUAUAUCUGCAUUUCACUCAUUACUCGAGGAAGAUCCAUUUCUGCUCGACCGAGUUGCGUUAAACUCAGUCUAUAAUCCUCUACACGUAUCCGCAUUGGCAGGACAAGUGGAAAUCACAAAGGAAAUCGUGAGCAGAAAGCCGGCAUUCACUAGGGAGCUAAACGAAAAUGGUUUUAGUCCUAUACAUGUUGCUUCAGCAAAUGGGCACAUUGAGAUAAUAAGAGAGCUUAUGAGGGUUGGAUAUGAUAUAUGCCUUUUGAAGGGGAAAGACGGUAAAGUUCCACUCCAUUGUGCGGCUAUAAAAGGAAGAGUGGAUGUUGUUAAGGAACUGGUGUGGGCUUGCCCCGAGUCUCUUAAACAAGUGACAGCUUGCGGCGAAACCGCCCUUCAUUUGACUGUGAAAAGCAAUCAGAUUGAAGCUGCAAGGGUAUUGAUUGAAGAGAUAAGGAGGUUACAAAUGAUGGAAAUCUUGAACUGGAAAGACACCGAGGGCAACACCGUUUUACAUCAGGCAACCUUCAAUAGACAACAUGAGAUUAUAGGUCUAUUAAUCGGUGGAGAAGCACUUGCUUGUGGAGUUAACGUAAAUACAGUAAACACCAGCGGAUUCACGCCAAAGGAUGUCCUGGAUCUUUUGCUCCAAAAUGGAAGUGAUUUUUAUCAUCAUGAUAUUCAUAUUUAUCAGAUGUUCCAGCAAGCUGGAGCUGUGAAAGGCCGAGAAAUAACAACAGACCCUGCUUAUGUCCGAACUCAAACAGAAAACCCAAACAGGCAAAUAGCACAAUCUGCUUGUUCAUGGAACCUAUGGAAGGAACUAAUGAGAGAGGUAGCGGAAUCAUCAACUGACACUCAAAAUGCACUAAUGGUUGUGGCAGUCCUAAUAGCAACGGUCACGUACCAAGCGGUUCUGAGCCCUCCAAGUGGUUUCUGGGAAGCUGACAAACGAAAAUCUCAGACCGUUACGACGGUUCAAAAGAGAACCAUGAAUCCUGGAGAAGCUGUAAUGGCGAGUGACCCUGAAAUCUUUGCGGUGUUCAUUGUGUUUAAUGCCAUUGGUUUCUUUGCAUCGCUUGCCAUGAUAUCUCUGCUUACAAGUGGAUUCCCUCUCAGAGCAGGCUUAAGGUUGGCCAUACUUUCAAUGACGGCAACUUACGUAAUUGCUGUAAUCUAUAUGGGUCCAACGAAAAUGAGGGAAGUGUAUAUAGUGGUGAUUUUGAUGGGUCUUCUAUUUCUUGCGGAGUCGAUACGGUUCACCGUGUGGUUGCUCAAGAAAUGGGGAAUUGUCGGUGAUACGAGGAGCCGAUUGCGUUAGACGAAUCCACACUGUUUACAAUGUGCAGCUUCUUUUUAUUGCAUGAUGAAAUGAAUCAGUUCAUGAGAGAGUUUAGAAUUUUCAUUGUUAUCUUUUGAGCAUGAUUACUUGUUCUCUAGAAAAUUGUGUCAUCAUUGUUCCUUGCAUUACAUGACAGCAAAACAAAAGAAUCUUUUUUUCAUUUAUAA